GAGCGCGCCGCCAGUUUACCGUUGCGAGGCGCGCAGUGCGGCCGGACUCCCGCGCCGGCCUUCGCACUCCGCCACGAGGCACCCUCACCCCCAGGGUCGCACUGUACCACGGCUCUACGCUCACGAACUCACCACUAUCUGUUCUCAAGAGACCAAGUGCUACUCGUGCUAUUCACUGUGUUACACAUUAUUUUUGGUUCUUAUUGGAUCGCCUCCUCGGACGCGAUAUUCGGAGUGCUAAUAGCUGGGCGGAUCGUCCACCAGAAAGAACUGACUGCGAACUUCGAAGACAUCUGACGAAAAUCAUGGAAAACGUAACCGAGUGCUUCAACUUCGCUGCCGGCAACAGCGGCUAUUGAGAUCUCGUAAAGUAGUGGACCAGAUUGGGGUGAAUAAUGGGAAAAAGGAACGUUCGGAUCAAGUUCACACACGCCAUUGGUCCACCGCUCGAGUCGAGCUCGCCCGCGCCGCGCGCCUCCGCGUAGCGACGCCGCGCCGCGACGCACCGCCAGUUACCGACGCUCUAGCGACUGCCAAUAAAGUACAAGUCAUACCGGGUUAUAAUACUAAUUCACUAAUUUAAACUUAGAUGUAUUUAUUGUAGUACAAACAUACUUUCGAAAAGAAAAGUUUUACUUGAUGUAGUAAAGCUAACGAGAGAAUACAACCGAGUCAUAGCCCUCGGUCGAGAUAUAAAACGGUAGUCAUGACGGCCACUGCCCCAGAACUGUCAAAGUCAGAUUUCUUCGAUUUCCUGACGUCCAACGAGGUUACUGAUGCCCAGUAUAAGCAGCAGAUGCGAUCUGUUAAUGUGUUCAUGGAAUCACCGGAUUCUCGAUCUAACCCGCUGCUGUCGGAGGAGCCCAAGGAACAGAACAACAACAGCCUGGUGAACGUGGGCGGCGCGCCGACCGUCGGCGCCGGCCCCACCAUGGCGCCUGCCGCCGCCGCCGCCUCCACUACGCUGCAGAGCUUCGACUCCAUCUGGAACGUGGACCGCGAUCGCGACCGCCUCGAGACUGCCAUGCUAGAAGAUCUCAACAAAUACUACUGGAACACUCAAGAUGGCGAAAUUAACGGUACUAACCCUUGUACCGACACCACCAUCUCUAAUAAAUUGAUCAGCAAUAAUACGGAUGGUCAAAUUUACACCUUGACUGUUCUUAAUCAAGACAUUAAUGAAACGAGUUCGAAUCGCUAUUGGGGUAAAGAAGAAGACGUGUCGAUGUCGAGUCCGACUGACAUCGAGCAGCAAUCCUCCCUAGAUCUCGAGUCAAUAUUGAACAUGAACGGAUUCCCUAACGACUUCAAUCAAGACUCUCUCGGUUCAAACAUAUUACCAAAAGUAGAGAGUUUCAAUUAUGAAGAAGGUGAAUCAGAAAGUCAACCAAAUACAAAUUUGAGCGCAAAUAGCUUAGUCAAAGUGGAAACCUAUAAUUAUGACGAAAGUGAAUUUCAAGGAAAUGAUAAAAGAGACGAUUCCCGCAACUCCAUCGUUAGCACUCCCCUAUUAGAAAGUCAAGUUGAAUUUAACAACAACAAUAAUGAUUGGAAAUUAACAGACCAAAAUACGGAAUCAAAUGAAUCAUUACUCAGAAGUGCAUUACAGGGGAAAGCUUUCCUAGCUAGGUAUAGUACAAUACAAAAAAAUACGAUAACGAAAUUAGACGCCAAUACAGAAUUACAAAGGGUAAUCAUCAACAAUAACAACAAGGCUGAUGUCCCGUCAAUGUAUCAGGAUAGCAAAGAAGGAAUUCCAGAUAUUUUAAUGACAAUUGCGCCUCCAAAGGGAAUGAACAUAUCAAUAUUACUAGAAGACCCUAACGAGACCGUCAUAUCUAAUGGGGAAAACCCGACGUCCACACAAAGCGUCGACGACAUAUUAUUACAACAACUAGAUGCUAAUUACCAUCCAGAAGACUACGAGAAACUCAAGCGGAUAGCGUCAGAACUAGGGGAGUCGGUACAGCCGUAUUGUACCGUUGAACCUAUCGAUCCGACGCGCAGUGUGUACAACAUACAUCACGUCAACGGGGAACUGGUGACGAUGAUUCCCGCCGGCGAAGUUCAGUUACCGCAACACUUGCAGUUAGUGACAGCUUCGCCCACAGUCACUAGCACGAAGACAGUCAGUAAGAAAUACAAGAGGAUACAGAACAAGAACUCGCCGCCGACGUCUCAGGUGCAGUCGGGGACGGCGAUCCAAGCGGCCACGUCGACAUCGAACGGCGUCCGCAAGGAGCGAUCCCUGCACUACUGUUCGAUAUGUUCGAAAGGUUUUAAAGACAAAUACUCAGUGAAUGUUCACGUUCGCACUCAUACAGGCGAGAAGCCGUUCGCGUGUUCGCUGUGCGGCAAGAGCUUCAGGCAGAAGGCGCACCUUGCCAAGCACUACCAGACGCACAUCGCACAGAAGAGCGCCGCCGCCAGCGGGGCCGCCAAGCCCGCCAAGAGGUAACCGCGUUCUCUGCGACCACACCCUCUAUGACAUUCGUAGUCAAUUAACUUUAAAACGUGAUAUCACAGUGAUAUCGUAACAAACUUAACGUAACAAACGAAUACCUAAAGGCUGAAAAUUCACAGAGAAAUAUGGUAAGGUGCUAAAUAAUAGAUAUAAAACGUUAUUCAAUUGUACGUAAAAGAAGAAGACAUUAAAACAGGUCAUUGGCCGUUAUUGUUAAUUCGUAUGUACGUAUGUAAUCCGUCCGUUACCGAAAUACUUUUAGUUCUAGCUGUAGCUAAGAACUUGCUACUGUUAAGUAUUUUAUAAUGAGAUUAUUUUAAACCAUCACUUCAUAAGUAUUUACAUAUUAUAGUCAUAGCUUCGUUAGAUUACGUAAAGUCAUAGGUAUUUUCCAUGCAUUUCUGUAAAGUUUUUUGUUCCUGAAUUCAUUACACAUAAUUGACAUCGGCACAUAGAUAGUAUGAAAUCGUACAAAUUACCAAAUAAUUACUGCUGGCUUGAUAGGUGUAACUGGCUAACGUAACAAGCUUUCAGACAAAUAGCCACAAUGAUGAGUCGCGCGGGAUUACCGCCGCCCGCGCCACCGCGCGCCGUAAUUUCUCCCGCUGCGCGACCGACUAAACUUUCUAAAAAAUAAAAAAUAAAACAGAGCAAAAGAACGAGCAUUCAGUACCUGCCAUCUUUCACCGCGCGGCUAUCGUAUUCUCUAUAUUGGCUAAGAGCAACUCAUUCUACAGCCUUAUUUUAUUUUCGGUAUUCUAACCUUCUCGUGAUUGCCGGUACCUCUACCGUUUUUGACAAUGGAUUCAAUCAUUUUUCACGUUACGUAAAUCAACUGAUGGAUCUAUUUUGUUUUUUCAUUAUGCACCUACGAUUGUUUUUUGUAUAUAAAGAAUAAUAAUGUUAUUAAAGUUAAGUGCUGGCUAGAAAUCCACUUGUACUUAAUGGGCAAUAGCUAUCCAUAAUUAUUUAGCCAUCCUUCCCGGACAACAUAGUGAGCGGUUUCUCAUUUCCAAUAUUACAUCUUUCGCCUCAUACUAGGAAAGGCCUGAUUGCUCCCAGAUUGCUAUAAAUUUGAAACACAAGUGGUGUUUCAAUCGCGGUCUUUAAAAUUGUGCUCCCUUUCUCGUCUAACAAAUUGGCCUUUCUUGUCCAGCCCGUGUACUGGCAGUACACUGUACACAGAGGCUCGCCCUGUUCUCAUUUAUACAGAUAUUGUUUGCAGGUGGACCCCGUAAUCAUCUUAUCUCGGCUAUAAAUUUCAUCUUCAAGAUAAAAGCAGCAUUUCACUAAUUUUCUAAAAUACAACACAUCGAUAUCAGUACAUCGAAGUCUUAAUACACUGUUCGAUUGUCAAGUUAUACACGGUCUUUAGAAAAUAUCUUAUUGAUAAUUUUAUUAUUUCUGUAAGCUUUCACUAGAUAGCUCUGUAACUUUCGUAUUUCUGACAAUAGAUAAAUUCACGAAGUGCGAUGAUUUGUAACCGCAAAUGUUUAAGAUAAAUAUGGCUUUCAAUCGAACAUCGGCUUAUUUCAUUGAUUGAUUUAAAAUAAAAAAGUAAAACAAACUAGCAUCGACUUAAUCAAACAGCGUAGCAGGAAAUGUCUUGCUACAAGAGUCGUGACUCAGCAAGGCGGCGGCGCACGGCGCCAACGUGCACACUAAAUUCAUACAAAAAUUUGAGUUGACGGAUGUGCGGAACGAAGGAAUUUUGAACUUUGUUAUGCUAGAUACUCGUAAAGAAUUAUUGCUUUACAAAUAAUAUUGUUUAUAAGUAAUUCAAUUUCCAAGUGCAAUUAUAGAAAUAAAUUAAAUUGUAUAACCUAUCAUCAAAGGUCAUUCUGUUCAGAAAUACUUAUUUUGGCCUCCGCACGUCAGCUACUGCCGCACGACGUUUGAGCACAAUGUCAUUCUGAAACGACCUAGCCAGCUUAUUAUGUCCUAAAUACUACUGUUAACAUGCUAUAUCUACUUACAUACUAAUAGAAGAAACUGAAACUUAUUUAUAUAUUGCCUAUUCAACUUGGCAAUUCAAUAAGGAAAAAGUAGAAGAAAAGGAAAUGUAACUUAGUUUACCAUUUUUAUUUCAAUGUCAUCUUGCCAUUAACACUUAAUUAGUAACAUUUAAUUAGUAACGAAGCGCUGCCUUUAAUGCUCCUAUCUGAAUGAGACUAUGGACAAAAUAAUGUCACUAAUUAAGGACCAAGUAGAUUCCAUUAAUUGAUGGUGCCUAAGUGUAUAGGAAUGCAAAAAAAAUAGUUAUGAAAAGGUAUUUAGGUACUAGUAGUGUAUUACAAUACGUUACAAUUCUAAAAAUAAUCAAACAAAACAAGAAUGGGAUACAAAAAAUACAUUUCCGCUUUGACUAAGUCUAUCAACUUUACAGCCCACUGCUUAAAGUAAGUAUUAAUAAAAUCUCCUUCGUCUCAAAAUUAUUCUAAAAUUUAAUAUAUUAUUCUCGAUUAAAUCCGAGCCGUCUCAUGCGUAACAGUUAAAUACUCAUUAUUUUGUAAAUAUAUUUAUGUAACGAAUGGAUUGUAAGCGAAAAUUUAUUAAUACGCGACACAAAUUGUACUCUACCACGUGUAUCUCAUUAGAUGGUAUUUUGAAUUUAGCGAAUUUAUAGUUUAUAGUAAGUAAUAAGAUGAGAUUUACCAAUUUAUAUUAAGAAACUGUGGCUACCUUGAUAAAUUAUGCAUAAUAAGCAUAAAUGGUUGUUAAUAUAUUCUUUGUAAUAUAUUAAAUUAUGUUGGUUUUUGACUACUUUUAUCGAAAAGAGGGAUUUAUAAUAUUGAUCGAUUUUUAUUGCAUUUGUUCCUGAGUUGAUUUUAGAUUUUAUUGAUAAUAAUAAUUAUAUCUUGUUCAUAAGAUUUUUAUGUAUAAUUCUUGCAUGAGUAAUUUAAUUUUUGUUAGUAACUGUAGAUUUAAGGACGGCGUGGAUAAUUGGAAAUGACGAUACGCUUCGUAGAGCGGCGCGGGCGCAUUGCGGCGCGCAGUGCAGCGGCCGUCUCACUUGUAAAUACCAGUUAAUUUAUUAGGAACCGCGAGUACAUACUUUAUUCAAUCACCUUCUCCACCACCUAGUUACAUGUUUCUGCAUAAAAUAAUAUUAUUUUAUGUACGAGGGUGCUCGAUCUGCGGAUUAUCUGUAACUUAUUGCAAUGUAUUAAUCCAUUCCGUCCUUAAACAGAAUCCGUCCUGUACAAUACUUUAAUUAUUUAUUUGUAGAAUUAUUAUUAAGUCGACAAAAGAAAAAAAACAAAAACGAUCAUAUUUUGAUUAACCGGAGCUGUGAUUUUUGCUUAUUGUAUGUCUAUGAAACAGUGUCAUUUGCUAGAUAAGCACGCUAAGUUAGUACCAGAAGUGUGCCUUCAGUGGCGCUGUUUCUUAUCACUGAGGUCUUCCAAGCUCCAGGGCAUAUUCACGAGAGGUUUUUUGUCAUGUGUACAGGCCCGCCCACUUGUUAUUCUGGUUUGGAAAAUUUACACAUAUCUCCCUCCAGUUAACAUUGCUUACGCAAUCAUUCUUUUAUGGUUUAGAUUUCGAUGAAUAAUUUGAUCAAAUGAAGUACUUAAUAAUGAUAAUAACUUCCCGUGAAAUGUAAACCUCGAGUAAGCUGUUAAUAAAUCUGGUCACAUGUAAUAUCAGUAUCACUCUGUAAGUUCUGUUUAACGUAAUGAAAGUACGUAGCUACCAUAUUUUUUACAAGAUUUACAGUUUUGUAUUGAAUUUCUUAUAUUUUUUACUUUCCUACAUUAGUUUGCUAAUAAAAUG